AUCCUAAAACUUAUGCACAUUUACACAAAAUCAUUCCAUCACACACACACAAAAUCAUUUCCAUCGGUUAAGGAUCGGAGUACAACUUUUCCGAUCAGAAAAUGGAGGCGACUCCCUCUAAUCCUACUCAUAACAUCAUCUCCACCGCCCCCUCUGCCGCAAUCAGUAUGAACGCCUCCGUCGCCAGCCACCGCAAUCCGCUAAGAGUUGACUGGCCGACGGUCGACGGACCACUGGGUUUAACAGAGCAAGAUUCCGUCGAUUACGCGCGUAGAUUCUUCAACUUUGGGUUUUUACUCCUCCCUUGGCUUUGGGCUGUCAAUUGCUUCUACUUUUGGCCUGUCCUUCGUCGGCCCAACUCCCAUUACCAACCCGAGCUCCGUCGCUAUGUUGUCAGGUCAGCAAUUAGUUUCGCGGUGUUUGCUGUUCUUCUCUCAACUUGGGCUCUUACCUUCUCCAUUGGAGGAGAGCGUCUAUUUGGUCAUGCUUGGGACAAGCUAGUAAUGUACAACGUUGCUGAGAAAUAUGGUUUAACGGGGUGGAUGUAGGUACUUAUUCCAUUUCUCUGUGGUCGAAGCUGCUAGAUACAAGAUUUGUAUAUAUUCUUCACUUGAAAAGAUUAUCUGACGUUGGAACUUCUCAGUUAGACAGUUACUAUGAUACUAUUAAGGAGGUGAUGAAACCAGAAAAGAGGUCCACCUUUUGAACUCAUUGUAUGCAAAACCUAAAGAUGCACUUUACGGAUUGGAAGUUGUCAUUUUGCUCCUUUGCGCU